CUCUCUAUCACCACAACCUCACACACGAUGGACCUGCUGCAGAGCGUCCGCAAAGAAGGCAGCCGCGGCGGCCGCGCCGACUUUAAAUGGGAAGAUGUCAAGGCCGACUCCCAGCGCGAGAACUACCUGGGCCACUCCCUAAUGGCGCCCGUCGGCCGCUGGCAGAAAGGCCGCGACCUGAAUUGGUACGCGAAAGGCGACGAGGACUCCAAGGAGGUCGCCGCCCAGAAGCUCGCCGAGGAGAAGCGCAAACUCAAGGAAGCCGAGGAAGACGCGAUGCUAGUCGCUAUGGGAUUACCUGUGCCGCAACGAGCGUCCACGAAUGCGAAUAUGGUGCCAGUGGGCGAGCGAGCGAGCGUGGCUGAUGUCAAGAAGGCUAUGGCUGAGGUCGGGACUGAGGGCGGCGAUGAAGACACUGUAAAAGGUGUGGGAUUUGGCGCGUAUAAUGGACGUGAUGGCGCUGCCGAUGAUGGGGAUGAGGUGCUGGAGGGAUCGGGCCUAGCGGAUGCUGGUCUGUCUGCGCGGAAGGGACGAAGGGAGGACAGGGAUCGGGAUCGAGAUGUUGCUCCACGAGAGCGGCGGAGGGAUCGGAGAGAGGAUGAUGGCGAGAGGCACAGGCGGAAGCGCUCGCGAAGCAGGUCUAGAGAGCAUCAUCGGCGGCGGAGAUCACGGUCACGAGAUCGGGAUUGCGAGAGGAGAAAGCACAGGUCGAGGAGCUAUGAGCGUAGAAGGGAAGAAGACCACCAUCGAGAGAGACGAAUAGAUCCAGAUGCUGCACGUUCGAGGCCGCGGUCGAGGGAUCGAGUGAGGGAUAUGAGGCCGAGGCGGAGCAGAUCUCCUUACGAUCGCUCCGAUGGGCAUAGGCGGAGGUAAUUCGGAGUCUCAGGCUGUACUAUAGGCAUUAGGCAAGGUAGAAAUUCGAUCUGAUACCCUCU